CUUCUCCCCACCUCCACCUCUAUCGCCAUCGCCAGUGCCAACGAAUCUGGGGCCAGUUCUGUCUGGCGCCCGCGAUCGCGUCCUCAUCGAGCAGCCCCGUACCCCUCCUCCCGGGCUUCAGGCCGCUUGCCCGGCUGCGGGGGACCCCAGCGAAUCACAUCCGAGAAGGGGGCGCGCGGGGCGGAGCCUUCCGCCCACUGUCCUUCCGCCGACUGCCGCCCCUCUUGCCCAGCCCGCAGUCGCCCGCGCUCCCGGAGCCCUUCCAGGCCAGAGGCUCCCGCAGGCGAUGGCGGACGAGAGGGCAGGGAUCCCGGAAGCCGCGGCGCGCCCGCCGCCAGGCCCUGAGCAGGAGGGGGACGCGCGCACGGCCGCCGCGGCCUGGACCCGAGAAACUAUGGAGCGCGGGUCCCUCCACCCCGCAGCGGGCCUCGGGACUGCCCUCCCUGCCCCCGGACGCCGGGAAGCGACCUCCGCGGCGACUGCCCUGAGCCUGGAAAACGAUCGGGUCCGGGACGAAGCCCCAGAAACCUGCGGUUCAGAGGGCCCGGGGGCUCAGGCGGGAGCCGGCGAGAAGGCCGAGGACGCAACCACGGAGGAGGGCGCCAUCUUCAAGGAGGAGGCCGCAGAGGAGGUGGAGAAGCAGCAGGUGGGGGAGAAGCUGGAGGGGGAGGAGAAGCAGGAGGUGGGAGCGGAGGCCCAUGAGGGCCUGGGACCACUGAACUUUGGUGUCCUAAUUGUGGACCCUCUGGAGGCCAUCCAGUGGGAGGCGGAGGCCAUGAGCGCCCAGGCCGACAGGGCCUACCCCCAGCUUGAGCGCAGAUUUGGGCGGAUGCACAGGUUGCACCUCGCCCGUAGGAGCUUCAUCAUCCAGAAUAUUCCGGGCUUCUGGGUUACUGCCUUUCUGAACCACCCGCAGCUGUCAGCCAUGAUCAGCCCUCGAGAUGAAGACAUGCUCUGCUACCUGAUGAAUUUGGAGGUGAGGGAGCUCAGGCACUCCAGGACGGGUUGCAAAUUCAAGUUCCGCUUUUGGAGCAACCCCUACUUCCAGAACAAGGUGAUAGUAAAGGAGUAUGAAUGCAGACCCUCAGGCCGAGUGGUGUCUGUUGCGACUCGCAUCCGGUGGCACCGGGGCCAGGAACCCCCGGCCCUCGUACACAGGAACCGGGACACUGUCCGAAGCUUCUUCAGCUGGUUUUCACAGCACAGCCUCCCAGAGGCCGACAGCGUUGCCCAGAUUAUUAAAGAUGACCUGUGGGCCAACCCCCUGCAGUACUACCUGCUGGGGGAUAGGCUCUGCAGAGCCAGGGGAGGCCUCGCAAGGUGGCCCACGGAGGCUCCUUCUAGGCCCUACGGGUUCCAGUCUGGCUAAGUGCUGCCCUGGGAUGUGGGGCCUACAGAACCCUCCCUCUGGCCUCCUGUGGGUGGUGGAUCUGGGCUCAGGCCAGUCGGGGGCGCUCUGCUGUCUUUCUGUUCUGUGCACUCCGGCUCUCCCAUGUUCGGUGGACUCAGCUCUCAGAUUGUGGCCCUUGUGGCCAGUCUCUGCCGUCUCCAUAUGGCCUCAUGCUAUUCUGUGUUAACAUCACAUGGCUGUCACAUGCUGCUGCAUCUACCUAGUGCUGUGGAUGUGCACUGCCACCAUCUUUAUGGUAUGGACCCGUGACUGUGGCCAUUGCAGCCAUUUUUGACAAGGACACCUGCAAGUCACUACUUGGAGGACAGUGCCUCUUUGAGGCCUAUGCUUCAAGCCCCCAGCCUGUGGCCUUCACAUGAGUGCUGGUUGUGCUCACAGUAGCUCUGCACCCUGGUUGUGGCAAGCUAAGUCUCAUCACCCAACAUGAAGUGAGUGCCUUUGAUGCCGGGUGCCACCCAGACUUGGACAUUCCAUGGCCUCAAGAGCACAGGCCAGGCUACCACCACGUGGACUCUUGGGCAUCUGGCAGGAUGAGCACACAGCUGGCUGCUGGGCAUGGGUGAGGUCAAGGGCAUGAAGCAGUGGACAGCACAUUCUUUGUGAUCAUACUGCUCCUCCUGCCCCACAGUGGUUGACAUCACAGCCUGUUACAGCUUGUGAGGGUCUGUUCUGUGCUCCACCAAUGCCUGGCCAUCACCUUUCCCAUGAAUUUUGCCCAGGCCACCGUCAGCCCUGUUGCCUGCUCCCAGGUCUACAGAAGCCUCCAUAACUGCCUGUGGACCCAGGUGGGCCACCUGCCAAUGCACAGGAGAGCCCCUAAUCCCCAGAAACUCUGCCAAACUGGCCUAUCUAGGCAUGUGAGUGAGGCAGGAGUGAGGACGGGAUCCUCUCCUCAGCCCCAGUUACUGGACCCCACGGAAUCCAGGUACUCUGGCAGCCUCCCCGACUCUACCUGUUAGGCUGCCAGGCUGUGGGCACUGGGGAGGGGUCUUCCUGGUCAUGGGGCCUGUCUACCCAUACCCAGAUCUCACACCAUUUUUUGUUUAAAUGAUGGCUUAGAAACAAACAAUAACAACUGAAGAAAAAGAUUUUUUCUUAAACUCAACAAGAAAGACUUUGGGCCGGGUGCAGUGGCUCACACCUGUAGUAACCCCAGCACUUUGAGAACCUGAAAUGGGCGGAUCACCUGAUGUUGGGAGUUUGAGACCAGCCUGACCAACAUGGAGAAACCCCAUCUCUAGUAAAAAAUACAAAAUUAGCCGGGUGUGGUGGUGGUUGCCUGUAAUCCCAGCUACUCGGGAGGCUGAGACAGGAGAAUCACUUGAACCCAGGAGGUGGAAGUUGUGAUAAGCUGAGAUCGCGCCAUUGCACUCUGGCCUGGGCAACAAAAGCAAUACUGCAUCUCAAAAAAAAAAACUUUAGUGUUGUUUGCCUCUCUUGGUCUCCAGAGAGGGAGGGCUUGCGAUGUAGACUGCCAGCAUUCCCUCCCCCCAUGCCUUACCCUCUUUAGCAAGGGGACAGUGCAAGGCUGCUGAACAGAGAGACCAGGAAGUCCCAAGGGCAGGGAUAGCUAAUAUUCCAUUUUAUGCUGUGUUCUUUUAGACUAACCCCAACUCUUUCUUCUUCCUCCACCAAGUCCAAACCCCUCUAGGUAUGAGCUGAGCUGCCCACCCCCUCCUUCCCCUGCUUGCAGACCUGUCUAUCUCCAUUUCAUUUUUGGGAAAGGGGUGGUGGUGACCAUACCCAGGCCUCUUCCUUGGAAGGCAUUAUCUUCUGUCCACCAGGACCUGGGGAGGCCUUAUCACAAAAUAAUGUGGAGGGUGCUUUUGGCAGGGAAGUACAACAGGGGCCAGAGCCAGCUGAAAAGGCAGGAUGGCUGAGAGAUGGCAAAAGGAGGGGAGCCCUUGAUUUUGGUUAAUAAAUAGGAACAGGGUCUCAUUGUGUUGCCCAGGCUGGUCUUGAACUCCUGUGUUCUAUGAUCUGCUCAUCUUGGCCUCCCAAAGUGCUAAAAUUACAGGCAUGAACCACUGUGCCUGCCCGAUUUUUUUUUUUCUUCAAGGCAGGAUCUCAUUCUGUUGCCCAGGCUGGAGUGCAGUGAUGCAGUCAUAGCCUCGAACUCCUGGGCUCAAGCAAUUCUCCCAUUUCAGCCUCCCAAGUAGCUGGGAUUAUAGGUGUGUGCCAUCAUGACCAGAUGUUUUUUAAACAUUUUUGUAGAGAUGGAGGUCUUGCUGUGUUGCCCAGGCUGCUGUUAACUCCUGGGCUCAAGGGAUCCUCCCACCUUGGCCUCCCAAAGUGCUGGGAUUACAAGCUGCCGUGCCCAGCCGUUGCUAACACUUUUGAUUCACCAAUACGUUUUGUAGACUAGAAGAAUUAUAGAACACUGCAACUUAAAGGUUUUCUCUCUUGGUCUAACCUUGUGUAUGUAGAAAGUUCAUGUAUGCUUUUAUUCUGCUGCUUUUAAGUGAGACCCUAGGCAUCUCUCCUGUGUUUCAGCCCAUUGGGGCACUAUGCUGUAAAGCCCUGCUUGUUGCUUUUAGUUGAGAACUUUUGCAAGAUUGUCAAUGCACAUUUUUAUGCCACUUGUAAACUUAUGUGACUAAUCACAAUUGUUAUCAAGUUGUGGGAGCCUUUAGUAUAACCUUGUACUUAGAAGCAGAGUUUGUUUUGUCAGACUUAAGACUGGAGGUUGUGACCGUGUGCUCUAAGGGUAACCUCCAGAAAGAAAUCUGUGACUGUGAUGGUCCUGAUGAUUUUGUGCCAGGUUGUAAUUGACAUCAUGCUAACUGACAUCGCUUCUUUUAAGCAGAGAAAUAUUCCUGAUGUGGCUUUGUCCAGUCACAAGGGGAUCUGUGGCAUUUUUGUCUUCUAUAUGCAUGAUAAAAAAUAAAAACUUUCCUGUCUGGGGAAAAAAUAA